AUGUCAGAUGACCUAAUCACCCAAUCCAGGUCAGAUGACCUAAUCACCCAAUCCGUGUCAGAUGACCUAAUCACCCAAUCCGUGUCAGAUGACCUAAUCACCCAAUCCAGUGCUUUCAUAUCUAUCUAUGCAUCCAUCUAUACCUCUUCAUAUCUAUCUAUCUAUCUAUCUAUUUAUACCUCUUCAUAUCUAUUUAUACCUCAUAUCUAUCUACACCCCUUCAUAUCUAUCUAUCUAUCUGUUUCCAUCUAUCUACACCUUUCAUAUCUAUCUAUCUAUACUUUCUUCAUAUCUAUCUAUCUAUACCUCUUCAUAUCUAUCUAUCUAUCUACACCUCUUCACAUCUAUCUAUCCAUCUAUACCUUUCUCUUCCAUCUCACAUCUAUCUAUCUAUCUUCAUAUCUAUCUAUCUAUCUACCUCUUCAUAUCUAUCUAUCUAUACCUCAUUCUAUCUAUCUAUUCAUAUCUAUCUACCCCUUCAUAUCUAUCUAUCUAUCUAUCUAUCUAUACCUCUUCAUAUCUAUCUAUCUAUCCUCUUCUAUCUAUCUAUCUAUCCACACUUCAUAUCUAUCUAUCUAUCUAUAUACCUCUUCAUAUCCAUCUAUCUAUCUAUCUAUCUAUCAUCUAUCUAUCUAUCUAUCUAUCUAUCUCUUCACAUCUAUCUAUCUAUCUUCAUAUCUAUCUAUCCAUCUAUCUACACCUCUUCAUAUCUAUCUAUCUAUCUAUCUACACCUCUUCAUAUCUAUCUAUCUAUCUAUCUAUCCUCUUCAUAUCUAUCUAUCUAUCUAUCACCCUCUUCAUCAUUCAUCUAUCUAUCUACACCCUUCAUAUCCUAUCUUUCAUAUCUAUCUAUCUAUCUAUCUAUCUAUCUAUACCUAUCUAUCUAUCUACACCUCUUCAUCUAUCUAUCUAUCUAUCCCUUCAUAUCCAUCUAUCUAUACCUCUUCAUAUCUAUCUAUCUAUCCAUACCUCUUCUAUCCAUCCAUAUCUAUCUAUCUAUCUAUCUAUCUCUUCAUCUAUCUAUCUAUCUACACCUCUUCAUCUAUCUAUCUAUAUCUAUCUAUCUACCUCUUCAUAUCUAUCUAUCUACAUCUCUUCCAUCUAUCUAUCUAUCUAUCUACACCUCUUCCAUCCAUCUAUCUAUCUAUACCUCUUCACAUCUCCAUCUAUCUAUCCACACCUCUUCAUAUCCAUAUCUAUCAUAUCUCAUACCUCUUCACAUCUAUCAUCUAUCUAUCUAUCUAUCUAUCUACACCUCUUCAUAUCUAUCUAUCUAUUCACCUAUCUAUCUAUCUACACCUCUUGUAUCUAUCUAUCUAUCCAUCUACACCUCUUCAUAUCUAUCUAUCUAUCUACCCCUUCAUAUCUAUCUAUCUCUUCAUAUCUAUCUAUCUACCCCCUUCAUAUCUAUCUAUCUAUACCUCUUCAUAUCUAUCUAUCUAUCUAUCUACACCUAUCUAUCUAUCUAUCUAUCCUCUUCAUAUCUAUCUAUCUAUCUACCUCUUCAUAUCUAUCUAUCUAUCUAUCACCUCUUCUUCUUCUAUCUAUCUAUACUUCAUAUCUCUUCUAUCUAUCUCUUCAUAUCUCUAUCUAUCUAUCACCCCCUUCAUAUCUAUCUAUCUAUACCUCUUCAUAUCUAUCUAUCUAUACCUCUUCAUAUCUAUCUAUACCUCUUCAUAUCUAUCUAUCUAUACCUCUUCAUAUCUAUCUAUCUAUCUACACCUCUUCAUAUCUAUCUAUCUAUACCUCAUAUCUAUCUACACCUCUUCAUAUCUAUCUACACCUCUUCAUAUCUAUCUACACCUCUUCAUAUCUAUCUACACCUCUUCAUAUCUAUCUAUCUAUAUAUCUAUCUAUCUAUCACGCUUUCAUAUCUAUCUAUCUAUCUAUACCUCUUCAUAUCUAUCUAUCUAUACCUCUUCAUAUAUAUCUAUCUAUCUAUCAAUCUAUCUAUACCUCUUCAUAUCUAUCUAUCUAUCAAUCUAUCUAUCUAUACCUCUUCAUAUCUAUUUAUCUAUCUAUCUAUACCUCUUCAUAUCUAUCUAUCUUUAUACCUAUCUAUCUAUCUAUCUAUCUAUACCUCUUCAUAUCUAUCUAUCUAUACCUCUUCAUAUCUAUCUAUGUAUACCUCUUCCUAUCUAUCUAUCUAUCUAUACCUCUUCAUAUCUAUCUAUCUAUUUAUCUAUCUACCUACGUAUGCAUCUAUCUAAGACUGUUUAUAUCUAUCUCAAUGUUUCUAUAUCUGAGUUUCUAUCUAUUCAUCUAUUCACAAUGUUUCCAUAUCUAUGUAUCUAUCUAUCUAUCUCAGCCUGUUUAUAUGUAUCUCAGUGUUUUCAUCUCUAUCUAUCAGUAUUUCUAUCUAUGCAUCUAUCUAUAUAUCUAUCUGUCAUAGUGUUUCCAUAUCUAUCUGUCAUAGUCUUUCCAUAUCUAUCUAUCUAUCAGUGUUUCCAUAUCUAUCUAUCACAGUGUUUCCAUAUCUAUCUAUUUAUCUAUCUAUCUAUCACAGUGUUUCCAUAUCUAUCUAUCUAUCUAUCUAUCUAUCACAGUGUUUCCAUAUCUAUCUAUCUAUCUAUCUAUCUAUCACAGUGUUUCCAUAUCUAUCUAUCUAUCUAUCUAUCUAUCACAGUGUUUUCAAAUCUAUCUAUCUACUAUGGUGUUUCCAUAUCUAUCUAUUUAUCUAUCUAUAUAUCUCAGCCUGUUUAUAUCUAUCUCACUGUUUUCAUAUCUAUCUAUCAGUGUUUCUAUAUAUAUCUGUGUUUCUAUCUAUCCAUCUAUCACUGUGAUUUCAUAUCUAUCUAUCUAUCUAUCUAUCUAUCUAUUACAUCUUAA